GCGACACAACAAGUUGCAAGGAUCUAUACCUGACUCAAUGAGAAACAUGGUAGGCUUGGAAUUCCUAGACCUUUCUCAUAAUAAUAUAACAGGAAUCAUUCCCAUGUCUUUGGAGAAACUUCAAUACCUCAAGUAUUUCAAUGUUUCUGACAACAAAUUGUAUGGUGAAAUACCCUCGGGGGGUCCUUUCAAGAACCUCUCGAGUCAGUUUUUCAUCGACAAUGAAGCAUUGUGUGGUUCUUCAAGAUUUAGUGUCCCGCGAUGCCCCACUUCAUCAAAGCACAGAUCAAAUAGGAAACAAAUGUUUGCUCUAUUUCUUAUGCUGGGAAUUGCACUUGUAUUUGUUCCUAUUGCCUUUGUGUUCGUAUGGAUUAGGUAUAGAAGAGGUAAAAGAGUUCCUCAACGAGCUGAUUCAUUGUCUAUCGCAACAACGGAAAGAAUUUCAUACUAUGAACUACUCCAAGCAACUGAUUCACUUAGCGAGAGUACUAAUCUGAUUGGUUCUGGAAGUUUUGGCUCUGUUUACAAAGGCGUUCUCAGGAGUGGGACUGCCAUUGCAGUUAAAGUGUUCAAUCUGCAACUGGAAGCGGCAUUCAAGAGUUUUGAUACAGAAUGUGAAGUUUUACGCAGCCUUCGCCACAGGAAUCUCGUGAAAGUCAUCACUAGUUGCUCCAACCUUGAUUUUAAGGCUUUAGUGCUCGAGUAUAUGCCUAAUGGAAGUCUUGACAAGUAUUUGUAUUCGCACAACUACUUCCUAGACAUCAGACAGAGACUAAGCAUUAUGAUAGAUGUGGCAUGUGCGUUGGAAUAUUUUCAUCAUGGAUGCUCCUCUCCCGUGAUUCACUGUGAUCUGAAGCCUAGUAACGUCUUGCUGGAUGUGGAUAUGGUUGCCCACCUAAGCGACUUUGGUAUUUCAAAACUGCUUGGUCAAGAUGAGAGUGAUUUAUACACAAAAACCUUAGCAACAUUUGGUUAUAUAGCACGGGAGUAUGGGCUGGAUGGACUAGUGUCAAUAGAAUGUGACAGGUAUCCGAGAUUUCUUCACUCUUUUUGGUAGGAAAUUAAUAGACUCCAGGGCACCUCUCUGGGUAUGAGUACAGCGUAUCACCCACAAACUUAUGGCAGUGCUGCAGAUGAUUUAGUCGAGAAGUACAUGCUGAAGAGAGAUGAUGUUUUGGUGCUACUUAAGAACAACUUGUCCCAAGGCUCAAGGGUGGCCAAUUGAAUAUAUUUCACCCAAAUUAUAAUGCGUAUGUGUCAAGUAUCCAUUUGUACAUUGUGGCACGAACUCUACGCACAAGUUUAAAGUUUUUCUUUAAAAAAAAAUAAAAUUGCAAGACUUGGUUGUCCAAUUGG